AUUUUUGACCUGUCAGAAUACAGUAGCAGGUUUUAGCAACGAAUAUUCUGGACGUGAAUUCGUACGAACAAUUUAGGUCACAAAAAUGAAACCAUUUAGUUCGUGAAAGUGAGGGCGCUGCAUCAAUCGGUUACCUUCAGUUUCUCAGUGAUAUUUCUUCAUUGACAUUCUAGUUGAUAUUAUCUUAAUUUUUCCUAAGUAAUUUGUUUCGAUUUUUAUUCGUUCUGUACUCUACUCUUUAUAUUAUAAUAUAAUAUUUAUAAUAUAAUAUGAUAGAAUAUUUUUUGAUAUCUUUUACUAUUUGACUAAAUACAUACAAGAUAUUGAAUACAAAAAGAUUGCAAAAAAGAAUAUUAAGAUUAUAAAUGUAAAUAAAAGAAUAAAUUAUGGCAGCAAAUUAUUAUUUUGCUAUUGUUGGCCAUGCUGAUAACCCAUUAUUUGAAAUAGAAUUUAAUAAUUCUAGUAAAGAUGCAAAGAAAGAAGAUCACACACAUUUGAGCCAAUUUAUAGCUCAUGCUGCACUUGAUCUUGUAGAUGAACAUACAUGGAAAACAACAAAUAUGCAUUUUAAAGUUGUAGAUAAAUUUAAUCAAUGGUUCGUAAGCGCUUUUGUAACAGCGACUCAUAUACGAUUUGUUAUGGUACACGAUAGUAAAAACGAAGAUGGAAUCAAAAAUUUCUUUAAUGAAAUGUAUGAGACGUACAUUAAGUAUUCCAUGAAUCCUUUUUAUAAACUAAAUACACCUAUUAAAUCUGUUGGUUUCGAGAAGAAGGCACAGUUAUAUGGCAGAAAAUACUUAUCUUCAUAAUAAUUUUUAUUUAUUAUUAUAAUAACAACAGUUCAUUUUUUCUA